AUGGCGAUAUCUAUUGACUGGCUUGACUUAACCGGCCACGUGUUACUUAAACUGAAGUGUAAAUUAAAUUUAUAUUAUAGUGAAGAUACUAGUGAAGCUCAAAACUCUUCAAUUAAAAUAGAUACAUGUAAUAAUAUGCCACCGAAAAAAUGUAAUCUAAACAACGUGAGGAGCAGAGAGGCACAAUACAACCGUGUUGCAAGAGCGCAUGAAUCGGCAGAACAAAUCGCUACAAGAAAUUCAGCUCAAAGAAUCAGGACGGCAGAGAGUCGUGCACAAGAACCUCAAGAACAGCGUGACGAACGUUUGCGACAGAAUACUACGAGAACAAGAGUGGCACGAGAACGAAACAUAGCUAUAGCACGAGUACACGAACCACAUAGGCAGCGGAUUAGCCGCUCAUUAAUACGUACAUCAUUUAUUCGUCUUGCUUUUGAAUAUGCGCCAGAUAUUAACUACUCUGCACAUUCCAAAAUUGCUAUCGCUGGAAUGGAUAAAGUAUGUCAAUAUUGUCAGGCAUUGAAAUUUCGGAAUGAAACACCCGGCAUGUGCUGCGCAUCAGGAAAAGUUGUGCUAUCACCUCUUCCCACUCCUCCGGAACCUUUAUUAUCCCUUCUUGCUGGCGAUUCAGAUGAUUCAAAAUUAUUAUGGCGUAACAUACGCAAAUUUAAUUCUUGCUUCCAAAUGACGUCAUUUGGCGCAACUGAAAUCUGCGAUUUCGCGUCUGAUCGACGUAAUUUUGAAACUACAUUCAAAAUACAAGGCCAGGUGUACCAUAAAAUCGGAUCAUUGAUGCCCAUGCCUGAUAAUAAUCCGAAAUUUCUUCAAAUUUAUUUUAUGGGCAAUUGUGAAGAGCGCGCGACGACUCGGUGCCAGUAUAAUUUCAUUGAACAAGCAGAGGAAAGAGCAAUUGUGAUAUUGCUGGAAACCUUUUUAGAAGAUCAGACUCAACUAAUUCUAUUGAUUAAAAGAGUUUCGCCACGACUGCAAAAUGACAACUAUCAAAUCGUCAUCAAAGCCGACAAAGUACAAUUAGGUGAACAUGCUGGUAGAUUCAACGCUCCAACUGUUGAUGAUGUUGCCAUUAUUAUGGUCGGUGAUCCAGUUGACAGAAGAGCUAUAAAAAUACACGGCGAGACAACACUGUCAGAUGAAUACCACCUUAAAAUCACCCAGUGUGAUCCACAUACAGGUGCUUAUGGAAAUAAAAAAGUUAGUUCAAUGAACUACUCCGCACACCGAAUAAUGGUUAGGCUAAAUCAGGACAACUAUAUCCUACGAUUUCGUCAGCUAUUUCAUCAAUACAUUAUUGAUAUGUUUGCUAAGGUUGAAAGCGAACGCCUGCGAUUCAUUCGAUACAACCAGGCUAAAUUACGAUCGGAAGAAUAUAUUCACUUACGAGAUGCUGUUGCUGGAAACAUCGCCGGAAAUUUGAAUCCCAAUGACAUCGGUAAGCCUUUCAUUUUACCUUCAAGUUACAUCGGCAGUCCACGGAAUAUGCAGGAAUACGUACAAGAUGCCAUGACUUACGUACGUCAUUACGACCGACCGGAUUUGUUUAUUACAUUAACGUGUAAUCCGAAUUGGCAAGAGAUACAAACUUUACUAUUACCAGGACAACAAGCAAUUCAUCGUCAUGAUAUAACUGCACUUUUUGGUAUCACACGUUGUUGGCUGUAUACGGUUGAAUGGCCAAAGCGAGGAUUGCCUCAUGCUCACAUUUUAAUUUGGCUUCAAGAUAAAAUCCGUCCAGAAGAAAUUGAUCAAAUAAUUUCAGCCGAAAUUCCAGACCCAUUAAUUGAUCAGGAAUUAUUUGAUAUUCUAACCAAACACAUGAUCCAUGGGCCGUGCGGUGCUUUCAUCAUGACGUCAUCAUGCAUGGAAAAUGGAAAAUGUAAAAAAAAAUUCCCAAAGCCGUAUACGAAUGACACCAUUACGAAUAUUGACGGUUAUUCAAUGUAUCGCCGCAGAAAUAGUGAGAAUGGUGGCCACACAUUCACAAUGCGACUACAGAAUUAUCCAAAUCAAGUAGAACUUGAUAAUCAGUGGGUGGUACCAUACUCAACAUUACUUUCAAGAACUUAUGCAGCACAUAUCAAUGUUGAGCUUUGCAGUUCGGUAAAAUCAAUUAAGUACAUUUGUAAAUAUGUAAACAAAGGCAGUGAUAUGGCCAUAUUUGGAGUACAAAAUAUCAAUAACAAUGACGGAAUAGCACGAUACCAAAUGGGCAGAUACAUUAGCAGUAGCGAAGCUAUUUGGCAUAUUCUUAACUUUCCCAUACACGAAAGAGAUCCUUCUGUCCAGCAUCUAGCAAUACACCUUGAAAACAGUCAACGUGUAUACUUCACUGAAGAAAAUGUUUUUCAAAGAGCGCUUGAGGCUCCAAAAAAGACUCUCACUGACUUUUUUACAUUGUGUCAAAAAUCUGAUAUUUUUGGCCAAUUCGCAAAGACAUUGAUAUAUGCUGAUGUUCCACGUUAUUUUACAUGGAAAAAAUCUAGGAAAAAAUGGGAGCCACGAAAACAAGGAAAACCACAUCCUUCCAUUACAGGCAUAUUCAAAGCUAAGACAUUGGGGGGAUUCUACACGGUACAUCCAAAGCCACGUGAGUGCUUCUAUUUACGUUUGUUAUUGAUGAAUGUUCCCGGACCAACGUCUUUUAAAUUUCUGCGAACAGUUAAUGGUCGAGUAUUCAAUACAUUUCAAGAUGCAUGUCGUGAACUGCAAUUGCUAGAAGACGUUCACCAUUGGGACUUAACGCUUGCUGAUGCUGUGUUGACAUCAACACCCAAUAACAUUCGUCAGCUCUUUGCAAUUAUUUUGACGACACGUUAUCCGUCACAAGCACAAACUUUGUGGGAAAAAUAUAAAAAUUGGAUGACAGAAGACAGAUUGCACCGAAAUAGACAGACAGAUCAAUGCCAAAGUAUAGAUUAUACGCCAGAGAUGUAUAAUGAAGCGUUAGUGUUGAUCGAGGAUUUAUGUGUGGUAAUUUCAAAUUUACCACUUAAUUAUUAUGGUAUGCCACCACCUAAUCGCCCAGCUACCGACUUAGUCAACGUCGAUUUACAACGAGAAAAAGAAUAUGACCGUGGAAAUUUAGCAACAAUUAUUGUGAACAGUGAGCCAUUACUGACACCAGAACAAAAAAAUAUUUAUGAUCGGAUUAUGCUGGCUGUUGCUGCUGAACAAGGUGGUUUUUUUUUCUUGGACGCACCAGGGGGAACCGGUAAGACAUUUUUAAUAUCAUUGAUUCUUGCCAAAAUACGGUCGCAACAGAAAAUCGCAUUGGCAGUUGCAUCGUCAGCCAUUGCGGCUACUUUGCUAGAUGGUGGGCGAACGGCACAUUCAACAUUUAAGCUGCCAUUGGACAUUCAUAAUAAACCAAAUGCAAUGUGUAGCAUAAAAAAGAAUAGUGGAAUAGCUGCAGUGUUGCGGAAGAGUUCAAUAAUAAUUUGGGAUGAGUGCACAAUGGCUCACAAAUAUUCACUCGAAGCAUUGCAUAGAACUAUGCAAGAUUUAAACGGCAAUAAUAAACUUUUCGGUGGUGCUAUCUUACUUUUGUCGGGUGAUUUCCGACAGACCUUACCGGUUAUACCUCGCUCUACUUUCGUGGAUGAAAUUAAUGCAUCUUUGAAACACUCAUUCUUAUGGCGAAGUGUUGAAACACUUUGA